AUGAAGAAGAAAACGUUUAUGGCACCGCUUCUUGGUAGGAAAAAGACUAUGAAAAAGAAGAAGAGAAUUUGUGUGAAAUCUGUUCAACAACAACAAGAGCAAUCUCUUUCAGAACCUGAAUUUUACUUGCCAGAAGAUUGCUGGGAGCAUGUCUUCUCAUUCAUCAUCAAUCCACUCGACGACGGAUCCCAACGCAUCAAAUCCCUAUCUCUCGUCUCAAAACAGUUCCUCUCCAUCACCAACCGUCUCCUAUUCUCUCUCCGAAUUUAUCAUCCACAACUUUGUUUUCUCUAUCGUUUCUUCCAUAGAUUCUCCAACCUUAAUUCCCUUGACCUCUGGUUCAGCUCCCGUGAUCUCCAUCCAGACUUUGCUUUGGCCCUCCGUGACAGACCAUUAUUGAAAUCUUUAUCUAUUUUCGGGAUUGACCUAAAGGAUCCAAACUAUGUUACUUCACAGUAUAUUGAUUCCUUUGUGAGUUUGAAGGGUUUGAUUUCUCUUAAGUUUCAUUGUUCUCAAAUCUCCGAUGAUUUGCUCUACUCUUUUGCAAGACAAGGUCUUUCUUUCAAGAGUUUUGCUCUUAAAAAUUGUACGGGCUAUAAUUACCCAGGAAUUUAUGGUUUAUUAUCUAAGUGCGGUGCGAUACAACAUUUGAGUCUAAAACGUGUUGACUUUCUAAAUAAUCAUCAUGUUUUCCAGCUCUCUUUGCUUCUUCCCGGUUUGAUAUCUAUAAACCUUAGCCAAAAUGACAACCUCACUGAAUUAGCUUUAUUUGCCCUCAUUAAGAAUUGUCAUUCACUUAAUAAGAUCACAAUGAGAAGCAUAUAUAAUAUUGGAAGAGAGAGUGUAGAAAAUUCUGAUAUUAUCAAGGAUUUUAAUGUCAACCCUCAAUUAAAGUUUCUACAUUUUUUUAACAAUUUUUUUAUAAAAGACGAGAUCCUCAUAUUGUUUGCUUUGAUUUUUCCUAAUUUGCAGCUUCUCGAUUUAACUUUUUGUGAUCAGAUAUCUAAAAAAGUUCACCAGUUAGAGGUGUUGGAUUUAACUAAUACAAAUGUUGAUGAUAAAACACUCUAUGCGAUCUCAAAGAGUUGUUUUGGACUUCUGAAACUAUUAUUGACAUUUUGCGAUUACGUCACGGAAAAGGGAGUGAUACAUGUGGUUAAAAACUGCACGCAACUGAAAGAGAUCUAUUUGAUAUUGUGUCAUAAAGUGAAUGUUAAUGUCAUUGUCUCAACGUUUUCAUCAAGGCCAUCGUUACGUGUGUUUUCAUGA